AUGGCAAGAGGGCUACCUCCUAGUCUGAAUGGCGUGUCUCCCGGAAAGCUAGACGACGUUGGAAUUCCGAUUUCCUGGUCGGUCGCAAGGGAACCUCAGAUCGGAUUUGUCUCCCAGCAGCUGAAAGACAGCGGACUAUUCGUCUUCGUCGAAAAGUUCAGGUACCAAGACAUCGAGGAGUACGAACGACGUGAGCUGCAAAAGGAUUACGGCUUCAAGGCGCGCUACUUCAGCCGCGAGGACGUGAUAGCAAAGGGGAAAACAGUCCUCACAUCCAUGAACCUGAAUGAAGUGACACUGGACGAGAUGGCCACCGCUCUCCGGCCGUACUUCCGUCACUGCUAUAUUACAUGGAAAAGCGGCAAUUAUUACAGGCUUGUUGCGAGCAACAGUCUGGUUAAAACCGGCCACUUCAUCGCUAGUCAAGGUGAACCGGCUAUUCCAGAUGAGUACGUGUAUGAAGCACUGCCUCCAUUGCUUUUCAGUGACGCCGUGGAGAGAGGCCCGAAAAAGGCUCUGUGA